AGAUGUAUGUAUAUGCCGCAUUUACACAGAUUAUACUAAACUUUACUCGAAUGUACUACUAAACUAAACCACUAAAUUAGUGACGGUCAUCAUAGUUGCAGCUACUUAUUUUUAUUUUUAUAUAAAAUGAAGCGUGUGGCUGUUGUAACCGGAGGAAAUAAAGGCAUUGGAUUUUCCAUUGUUAAAGCUCUUUGCAAACAAUUUGAUGGAAUCGUAUAUUUGACAGCUCGCAAUACAACGCUAGGUUUAAAUGCUGUAAAGCAAUUAGAGGAAGAAGGUUUAACACCAAAUUUUCAUCAACUUGACAUUACAGAUGAAAGUAGUAUUAUAACUUUUCGCGAUUACUUGCAAAAAACGCAUGGACGAUUAGAUGUGCUAGUCAACAAUGCCGCGAUUGCAUUUAAGACAAAUGCUACAGAACCAUUUUCCUUGCAAGCUGAAGAGACACUAAGAGUAAAUUAUUUCGCUCUUAGAAAAGUGUGUAGCAUAUUGUAUCCACUAUUGAAAUCACAUGCACGUGUGGUACAUGUUUCAAGUUCUAGUGGUCUUCUAUCAUUGAUUCCUAGUGAAUCAUUAAGAUCACGAUUUUCUGAUCCAAACCUUACAGAAGAAAAACUGGAUAGCCUAAUGCGUGAAUUUGUUGAUGCUGCAAAAGCAGACAAACAUGUGGAAAAAGGUUGGGGCAAUCGUGCUUAUACUGUGAGUAAAGUAGGAGUCUCUGCUCUAGCUAGAGUUCAUCAAAGAAUGUUUAACUCAGACUCAAGAGAAGAUCUUGUAGUAAAUGCUGUACACCCUGGCUAUGUUGACACUGAUAUGACUAGUCACAUGGGAAAUUUGACACCAGAUCAAGGUGCCACAGCACCUACAUUCUGUGCACUAUUGCCAGAAAAUACAGACAUCAAAGGUAAAUAUAUUUGGCACGAUAAAUCAUUGGUCGAAUGGACAAAAGAUACAUAAACAUCCAAAUUGUAACAAUAUAAAUAUUUCUUGUAGUUGGUUAAAAUAUAAAUAAUAAAAAUUAUGAUUUUUUAAUUU